AUGCCUAAAUUCACCAAUCCCACCCUGAUGCACACUAAAACUGGUGCCCUCAAGUCUCCUCCCUACCUUCAAGGGCAAAAGAAGGCCGACUGUGUCAAAAGCCCCCACUUGGCUGAUAUUAUCACCAAACAGUUCACACCAUUCCUUGCUAGGCAAGCUGCCGGUCAAACUGCUAGUCAAGCUACCGGUCAAUCUGCUAGUCAAUCCGCCGAUCAAUCUGCUGGUCAAGCUGCCGAUCAAUCUACUAAACCCAAAAAAACACAGAGUGAUCGGGAGUUGGAAAGGGAUAUCAACAAGUGGAUGUGUCUCUCUAAGGGUAUGAAGGCUACUUGUGAGGAGGCCAAAGCCAACGGGGCUAAGUCUUUUAAGAUUUUCAAAGGCAAGAUUGGGAGUAUCAUUGAGGUAUUCUUUGACGUUGAUAUCUCUCAACAUUUGAAUAAAGUUGGCACUCUUGUUAACAAGGGUUUGGAGGAGAUCAAUAAGGCUGCUCUUACUUAUGAGCAAGUUGAAGUUCCUGCAGUUCCCGGUGCCUUUUAUCUUGCCCUUGAUAAAAAUUACACCCGCAUGUUUGUCUACUUCAGCAAGGGUUUUGAAAUGGUCUACGGAGUUGAAAUUGGAGACUGGGUUCUGAAGUCUACAACUUAUAACAUUGAGGAGUAUGCUGAACUCCAACCACCUGAUAUUCCCGGUGCCAAAGAUAUUAGGCAUGCUGAGUACAAGAAUUGGCUUCUUGCCAAUCCUCAUCUUUGUUGGGCUGAUUGGUCACGGGCUGGUGUUUACCAUUGGGGUAUGUGGAUGGAAAGAGGUCAUGAUAAUGACGAUGUCAUCACCAAAGAUACUCUCAAAACAUCUCAACACAUGAAUCCCGUUCUCCUCCGCCUUUUUACCUCACUAGGCAAUCUUACCAGAGCAAAAAGAAUUUUACUUGGUGCCGUUGACAAAGAUAACAGAGAUCUUUGUGUCAAAAUGAUUACAGCCUUGUCAAAGAAGGAGAAACAACAGUGGGUAACUGAUGAUCAGGAAUGUUUCUCUUUGAGAGCAUGUUUGAUUAAUCUGUUUACUGAACCUCAUUAUAAUAUUGGUGAUUUAAAAGAUGGAUGGGCAGUAAUGGCAGCAAUGGGUGAGUUCACGGGGGCUGAUUUCUGUAUCAGGGAAAUGAAUAGGAAGUUUGUUUGUAGGCCUGGUGGAAUUGGUUUUAUCAGAGGAACAAAGUUGGAACAUUUUACUACUAACUGGUACGGUUUUAGACAUUGUUUGGUCUCAACAAUGCAUCAAGCCGUCAAAGAGGAAUAUUUUAAAAGAUUUCCCAAAAUUGUUUAG